AUGAUCAAUGAGAUUAAGGACAGCAGCUUCGAGUCCCAGGAAUUUGCUCCAGCCACCCCCGUGUACAAACUCAUUAAAGGAGUCAUAAAGGAUGAUGACUCCAUGUUCUUUCAAUUCGGCCCGUCCAUCGAGCAGCAGGCCUCGGUCAUGCUGAACAUCAUGAAGGCUUACGACUGGUACAUCUUCUCCAUCGUCACCACAUACUACCCGGGGUACCAGGACUUUGUCACCAAGAUCCGUAGCACCAUCGAGAACAGCUUUGUGGGCUGGGAGCUGGAGGAGGUCAUACUGCUCGACAUGUCCGUGGAUGACGGAGAUUCAAAGAUCCAGAACCAGCUGAAGAAGCUCCAGAGCCCCGUCAUCCUCCUCUACUGCACAAAGGAGGAGGCCAACACCAUCUUCGAGGUGUCGCACUCUGUCGGGAUCACCGGAUACGGCUACACAUGGAUAGUGCCCUCUCUGGUAGCUGGAGACACUAUUGUAGUGCCUGCAGAGUUCCCUACAG